AUGUCUAACACCAUCACCCUUUCCGACACCCUCGCCGUUUGGCCAUACCCCCGUCGUAUCAAUCCCCACUACGAGACUGUUUCGCUUGAGUCGGCGACAUGGUUCCGCGGAUUCCACGCGUUCAACUCGUGCUCGCAGCGUGCAUUUGACAGCUGUGACUUUGAUCUUCUCACCGCGCUCACCUAUCCUUCACUGAGCAAGGAACACCUCCGCGUGGCAUCCGACACCAUGAACGCUUUCUUCGUCUUCGACGAGUACACGGACACGCUUCCGGGAGACAGCGUUCGCGUCCUCGCGGACAUCACCAUGGACGCCAUGCUCCACCCCGAAAAGCCUCGGCCGGCGACCGAGUCGAUCUUAGGAGAAAUCACUAGACAGUUCUGGCUGAACGCGCUCAAGUGCUCGACGCUGACUUUCCAGCGGCACUUCAAGCGCGAGUGGCAGCUCUACGUCGACUCGGUCGUCGAAGAGGCCCGAGACAGGGACCACACUCGCUUCCGGACUGUCGAAGAGCAUCUCGCACUUCGGCAUUUCACGGCCGGGAUUCUGCCAUCACUCGUGAUGACCGAGCUCGGGCUCAACAUCCCCCAAGACGUCUACGACAACACGUCGCUCGUCGACCUGCGCAACACGAUCUCCGACAUCGUCGCCCUGGACAACGACAUGCUCUCCUACAACAAGGAGCAGGCGGUCGGCGACGACCUCCACAGCAUCGUGACGCUCAUCAUGCACGAGCACGGCCUCGACCUUCCUAGCGCGCUCGUGCACGGCGAGGCGCUGCACGCGGCGAUGGUGCGCCACAUCCUCGACGACCUCCUGCCCACGCUGCAGGCGCUCGACGUGCCGCUCGCGGUCGCCGCUGACCUUGCGGUCUACAUCGGCGGGAUGCUCGAGUGGCCGCGCGGGAACGUCUGUUGGCACUUCGAGUCCACGCGGUACUUCGGCUCGGACGGGGCCCGGGUCCAGCGCGAGCGCGUCGUCGAGCUCUACCCGAGAUGCUGCGUUUCCGCCCUUCGCGCCUGA